AAUACAGCAGACGCUUUUUGCAAAGAUUCCGCCAGUCAUUUGUGGCUUUCAAGUUUACCAAGUUUAACACGUUUGCAAUCCGUGGUCAAGAAAAUGUUUGUCUUUCUGAAGAAUAAAUCACUGGAAUGGUCUUCACUUCAAGAUUACACCUUCAUAUUGCCGGCCGUUUCAGUCGGCAACAUCGGCCAGCUCUCGGUGGACUUGCUCAUCAGCUCCCUGCACUGUGACAAGCUAGCCAAAUUGGAUCACCCCGUAUUCGUACCCGUAGUUGGCAGUGAUCCUUAUGAUGAAAUACGGGAACAAGGCCUCAUGACAGCAGCAGAAUUAUACAUCAGCAAAGAAAAGAAACUGGUUAUUCUACAGAUUCGUGGUCUUUUGAUUAAGGAAUUUUGUGCCGAUUUCUUGUCCCAGUUAGUGGACUGGAUCAAGAAAUGCGCUUUUGUCAAGACUAUUCUGCUGUCCAGCCUCCACAACUACGAACGAGUUGAUUCCCAACUCACCGGAUCUCCAUUCCGCUACACUGUGACUUCAGCUGUCAACUCGUCUAUUGAAAACGAAUUAAAGACUCUGCAGUGGCCUGCCCUGGAGACCCGACGUUCGGUUUGGAAGGAAGGCAAUGAAGAUAUCCUUUUCUUCCCCGGUGGAGGAUAUACUAGUCUUCUGAAUAAAUUAUGUGGCGAAAUGAAUGUCCCUCUGGUAACUCUUCUUAUAUUUUGCGCCGAGGGUGACAAUAUACCGGGAGUUUUGCUGGUGACGGGUCAUUUCAACCGGUGGCUAAACUUCGUACCAAUGGCCAAUGAUGCCCCGGGCUGGAAAUUCCCAGCGUCUUGGAAAUUAUUCUUUGGUGCACCAGCUCCCAUGACCAUGUAUUGAUUGAUCAAAAAAAAAUAAUGAUUGGCAAAGGAAAAGAUAAUAAAAUCGAGUGAUUGGUGAA